AUGGAUGAAACAACAGCUCUCCACACGUCUGCCUCUAGCAGCGACCUCAAGCGCGACUCUGCCAUCGCAAAACCCACCACUGCCUCCACCAACCCCCAAGCCCCUACCCUGACUCUUUCGCCGAGUGCAAGCGUGCCGUCCAUCAUCGUCCACGAUGCCAUCGCCGCUGCUCCCAAAUCAACCCGAAAUCCUCCCUCCUUUCUGCGACGCAAAUCGAAGCCUCUCGACGAAGACAGCGACCAAGACCUCGCCGAAUCCCCUCGUUCCAACCUAAGUCACCCUCGCAUCCGCUCUUUCCACCCCAUCGACAUGGACAUCCCCACGACGGGCUUCGACGACCUCACGUCGCCCGACUCGCUCAAGUUUUCGACCCGCGGUAGCAUCAUGGUGAACUCGAAAAAGCUGGCAAAGAUGAUGCGACAACACGAUGGCGACUGCACCGAUGGCGAUGUUACUGACACCGACUUCCACACGGCUCCCAAUUCGCCCACCUUCUCCCCUCGCAUCCAGGCUCCGCCGUCACCUCCACUAUCUCCCAUCCCCUCGUCACCACCGAAUCCGAAGCGUCUGACAACCGGUCCUCGCACACCGAGCGUACACAUGCUGAAUGCCGUUCUCGAUGGUCGGCGAGUGCUUUCGGCUGAAGAGAGGACCUUCUCGCAANAAGUGCGAUCCAUGUACAAGUACGGCGAUGAGAGGGCUGCCGACUGGACCACUCCUGCCGAACUGGACCGGGAAGACACGCCCGAACCACCUACCCCUUCACGCUCCCUCACCAACCCUCGUCGAAGACCUGUCACAAGUCGAAGCGCGAGGCCCAGGGAUUUUCACGACCGCUUCAGCUUUAUCCAGAAUGAGUUCGAAUGUGCAGGCGGCGUCGAGGAUUGGGAAGACCUGUCUGGCAAAGACGUUGAUCGCUACGGCUUCAUCAACCCGACCAAAUUCAUCCCCACCGAAGGCCCGCAAGGCACGUCUGUGAAGCCUAGUCUUCAGCGUGUCACGACAUCACUACAACUCUUGUCCAGCAGUCCGCGCAGGCGCAGAGGCUUGAUUAGAGGUCCCUCCACAGCCAGAUCUUCGCGCUCUCUUCCCGCUCCGACCCGCACCAACACCCGUGGCACUGUCGCUUCAUCUCCUUCCGGCCACGCUGCCUCCGUGUACUCGUUUCAAUCCAGCCACUCGCAAAAUCGCUCGCACAACCCUUUCCGAUCUCGCGAUCGUCGUAUCCUCGACGACGCGAGCGACAUGCUCACACUGCCCGCCUGUCUCGAUAACCUCGCAGAAGAGGAUGCGCAUGAAGGCUUCUUGAGACGCCGCGAAGUUUUGCGCGAAGAGAAGUGGCGCAAGAUGGCACGUUUGAUGCCAGAAGGUCCCAAAGGCGGCGGCAUGAACUUCGAGUUCGAUGUGACGGACCCCAAGCUUGUAGCGCGUACUUGGAAGGGUGUGCCUGACAAAUGGCGCGCAACUGCAUGGCACGCUUUCCUGUCCGCCUCGGCCAAGCGUCGCGGAGGAUGUCAGUCUGAUGAAGAGCUUAUCGAGAUCUUCCACGAACUGCAGGAGGAAAGUUCUGCCGAUGAUGUACAGAUUGAUGUCGAUGUUCCUAGAACGAUCAGCAUGCACAUCAUGUUCCGUCGCAGAUACCGAGGAGGCCAGCGUUUACUCUUCCGCGUGCUCCAUGCCAUCUCCGUACACUUCCCUUCUACUGGAUACGUCCAAGGUAUGGCUUCUUUGGCCGCCACUCUACUCUGCUAUUACGACGAAGAACACACGUUCAUCAUGCUCGUACGCAUGUGGGAGCUGCGUGGACUCAAGGUGCUCUACGAACAUGGCUUCUCAGGACUCAUGACAACGCUCAAGGAGUUUGAGACCGACUGGCUGGCCAACGACCAAGACCUCAAAGCGAAACUCGACGAUUUUGGCAUUGACGCCAUGACCUACGGUACCAAAUGGUACCUUACACUCUUCAACCUGAGCAUGCCUUUCCCAGCACAACUCCGCGUUUGGGACGUGUUUAUGCUGUUGGGCGAUGCUAAUUUCCCUGGCAACCCACCACCUACCCAUGAGAGCAAAUCUAUCUUUGACGGCGCCGACUUGAGUGUGCUGCACGCAACCAGUGCUGCGUUAGUCGACGCUACCAAGUCUCUCAUCGUCGAAGGCGACUUUGAGAACGCAAUGAAGGUGCUCACCAGUUGGGUGCCUGUACGCGACGAAGACAUGCUGAUGCGUGUCGCAAAAGCUGAAUGGAAGAUUCAUAUGAAGAAUCGCAGACAUGCUUCCCCUUAA